AUGUUCGACGAGCCAUCAGCACCCGCCAACAAGUCUAUCACCACACCCAAUCAUCAACAACAGCAUCAUCAUAGCUAUUCCACAUCGUAUUCUACGGCAUCGUGGUGCAGAAUACCGUCAACGCUGUCGAUUCUGCUGUGCUUCCUGUUUCUGCUAUCAUUAGUGCAGGCGGCAUGUGCUCAGACGGAAGAUCAGGGAUGUGGAGAGCACCCACUCAAAGGCAUCCUGCAAAAACUCGAGAUUUCCCGGCCAAACCUAACGUUCGAGCAGACGACCCGACUACUCCAGCAGGUUCGCCACCGCUACCCCCGGCUGUGGCGCUCGUUUGAGGCGGCGCUCUCCCAAUACACCAACUGCAUGAUGAUGACCCGAUCCGGGUCUCUCGGC